AUGGCCAAAGAUAGUAUAAUCACAAAUGAUAAAUUAUCUAUGGUAGAUGAGAAAAAUCCAUUAAUUUUUGAUGGAUCCCAAAUGAAACACAACGAGAAGGAUUGUGCUAUAGCACAAGAACUUACGGUUCCCCUUAUCGACUUAGGGGGUUUCUUUUCUGGUAACCCUGCCACGGCACAACAAGCAUCUAGGCUUGUUGGUGAAGCGUGCAGGAGUCACGGUUUCUUCCUUGUAGUGAACCAUGGAGUUGAUGCUAAUCUCAUCUCCAACGCCCAUCGUAAUAUGGACAUGUUCUUUAACUUGCCUCUCUCUGAAAAGCAAAAAGCUGAGAGAAAAAUUGGUGAGCAUUGUGGCUAUGCUAGCAGCUUUACUGGAACGUUUCUGUCAAAGUUGCCUUGGAAAGAGACACUCUCUUUUCAAUACUCUGCUAAAGAAGACUCAUCGCAUAUAGUUGAAGAGUAUUUCCAAAGGACAAUGGGUGAAAGUUUUAACAAUCUUGGGAAUGUUUAUCAAGAAUAUUGCAAUUCCAUGAGCACACUUUCUCUUAGUAUCAUGGAGCUCUUAGGAAUGAGUCUAGGCGUACAGAAGAACCACUUUAAAGAUUAUUUCAAAGACAAUGAAUCCAUAAUGAGAAUCAACUACUAUCCGCCAUGUCAGAAUCCAGAGCUCACCUUAGGAACAUGGCCUCAUUAUGAUCCAACAUCAUUAACCAUUCUCCAUCAAGAUUGUGUUAGCGGACUUCAAGUUUUUGUGGAUAACGAAUGGCAUUCCAUCAAUCCAAAUUCCAAUGCCUUUGUGGUUAACAUAGGCGACACAUUUAUGGCGCUAUCAAAUGGAAUAUUCAAAAGUUGCUUGCAUAGAGCAGUGGUAAACAACUAUAGUCCUAGGAAAUCACUUGUUUUCUUUCUUUGUCCAAACAAAGAUAAGGUGGUGAGGUCACCAACUGAAUUGGUGGACUCCAAUAACCCUCGAAUUUAUCCCGACUUCACAUGGCCUACCCUCCUUGAGUUUACACAGAAGCAUCACCCAGCUGACACGAACACGCUUCAAGCUUUCUCAAAUUGGCUUCAACACAAUAGUACAAAACCUUAA